AUGGCAGAGUUACCCUUGACUGCGCCUCCUUCGAAGGACAGGGUUGCUCCUGUCAUGCCUCCACAGCUGCCUCACAAGCCCGUUCUGCGACUACACCUCGACGACAUUGGUCAUCCGGCGGCCCAGGUGGCUUGCAGUUCAUUGGAUGGAGGCUUGUAUCUGACGAGAGCCAUUGAACAUGUCGUUACGCACUUGUACAGACCCUACGGCUUGAGCGAAAUCCCCAAGGUCAGAUCUGUUACGGUGGUCCUUCGCGCCAUGGGUGGGGUCGCGUACACCAUCGGAUUACCGCUAGAUGACCUCCACAAGGAGAUUCAUCUGUCUCUCGACUACGUGAAUGGCGUAUUGUCACGAAAUUCAGCAGGACUCCGCCAUGAGAUCGCCGGGGUGAUCACGCACGAGAUGGUUCACUGCUUCCAGGGCAAUUGCCAAGGUACCGCGCCAGGGGGGCUCAUUGAGGGCAUGGCAGAUUUUGUUCGAUUGAAGGCUGGACUGUCGCCUCCGCACUGGAACAAGUCACCCGAGAACAGAGGACAGAGAUGGGACGAGGGCUACCAAAAGACCGCCUGGUUUCUGGAUUGGCUGGAGGAAUUACAGGGCCCCGGUACAGUAAGCCGAAUGAACGAAACUAUGCGGAAGGGGAAGUAUCAUGAGCACAGGUUUUGGAAGGACAUCUUUGGACAGUCUGUGGAUCAGCUCUGGGAACGCUACAAGGCAACAUGGGAAACUGCAGUCCAGGGAAAUUCCGGCCCAAUGGCCAGGGAGCGAAGUAAUAAUGGGCCAGAGGUAGUGGAUGUGGAGCGUAAAGAGGACGAGAAACAGGUGGAGGUUCAAGAGCAAAGAAGACCAAAGCAAUUCGCCGCCUAG